CUGCGAAGGCCGCGGCGUCCGAUGCAUCCUCAGAACCGCGGGAUCUCUGAGAUCCCCGAGUGGUCCAGGUAGGGUUCUGUCCUCGUCCUGCCUUCGUUCGGGGGCCCCCAAACAGGGUGGUGACCACAGCGUGUGGUGAGUCGGUGGGGAGUCGGGGUCACGGCACGGUUUUGGGACCCGGGUCGUUUUCCGAGGAUGUCUCGGGCGACUGGGGCCUCCGAGGUCCCAAAACCGUGCGUUGACGGACCGUGCGGUGAGAUCUUGGGGGAUUCCGAGGUCACCGCGCGGUCUGUCCUCGCACUGCUCAGGGUAUCAAAAAACUCGUCUUGAGUAUGCCCUGUCCUCCGACCCCACAGACGCGCGCGGGGAUGCGACCCUGCAGACCCAGGCGGUCUGCACCGGCCUCGGGGGCGCCUGCCGCAUCGACGCGCCGGCCUCGCUGCGCCGCACGCCCUACCUGCGGUGCAUGGCCCGCCGGCUCGCCUCGGCGGGGCGCGUGCUGGUGCUGGGGCUGGGCGGGGGCGUGCUGCCGGCCGCGCUGCUGGACGCCGGGGCGCGCCAGGUGGUCGUCCUCGAGCGGUCGCGGGAAGUUCUCGACUUUGCGCGCGUCCACUUUGGCGCUGGCGCGUACGGCGAUAGGCUCCAGCUGCGCUGCGCCGAUGCGCGCGGCCUGGCCGCCGCCGGGGCCCUUGGCGGCGAGCGCGGCUUCGACGGCUGCGCGAUCGACCUCUGGAAGGGCCACUCCCAACGUUGCCCGACUUCUUGCUCGACCCCGGCUUCCACGGCGCCCUGCGUUCUGCGCUCGCGCCUGGCGCGCGCGUGGUGCAGAACGCCCUGGCGCACAGCGGCGGUGUGGUGCCCGCGGGCCGCCGCGCCUUGGCUGCGCGGGCUUGCGGCGCCGCCUCCCCCGGCAUGGCGCCCUGCCUCGCCUGGAGGCGAAACGCUGCGCCACAGGGCCCGCUAUGGCCCGCGGCCUUCCCGCGGCGCAGCGAGGCCGGUCGGCAGCUGGAGGCGCUGGCCGCUGCGUUCCGGCAGGCGUACGGCUCGGCCGUGGUGCACCGGCCCUGCCCUUGGAUGCCGAGCAGGGUCGUGGAGGCGGAGGCCUGACCUGAUCCCGCGCAAGGGUCCGCGCACGAGCCCGUCCGUGGCCGAGCUGGCGGGCACCCGUGUCGGCGAGCGGGCGCGCCUCUGCGGCUCAGGGUGCUCGGAGUACUCGCGGGUGCGCGGAGCUCGUUCGCAGAAGUCCCCGCAGCUGCCCUUACCGAGCGCGCUUGCACUACUCGCAA